AUGAAGGAACGCAAAAUGAAUGGGUCACUUGUGGCCAUCAUCCUUCUUGCCAUGAAAUGGUGUAUACUAUGGGCUAUUCACGGAAGUGGUACUUCCAUUGACAGUCGUAGUGUCAGUCGUAGUGCCGACAUAAAGAUAAACUUCAAGCAAAGAAAGAGGAUCUCCCCCCAUGCUUCUCCCUCAGAAAAAAAAAAACAGUCAUCGCGUACAUGUGCACACAGAAAAGAACUGUACAUUUGGAGGAGCGCCACCCAACACACAAAAGGGGCGAAGGGAAAAAGAAACAUACCCAGUUACAGGUGCAUCAAACUAAGUGCUGCAAGAAAAAAAACAAAUGGGACAGAGACAAAAAAAGAAAGUAACAGUAGUCCCAAUGACAUGGAAACCUUUUUGAUAGUAGACGGGUCUUCGAUUUUAUUUAAAAAUUUUUUCGGAAUGCCAUAUUUGAAAAAUGAGAGUGAAAUAAACUUAAGUACGAUCUAUGGGUUUAUCCAGUCGUUGAACAAAGUAUACAAAUUAUUUUGCCCGUCCUACGUGGUCAUCGUUUUUGAUUCCAAGACAUCCAAUGAUGAGAAGAAGAAGAUAUACGCCAAGUAUAAAAUUAUGAGGAAGAAGAAUCCAGAAGAAUUGUAUGAACAACUUAAACUUGUGAACGACUUCUGCGACCUCAUUGGAAUCAAAACCGUUAGUCCUACAAAUGUAGAAAGUGAUAACUAUAUUGCUGCUAUUGUAGAUAGUAUUAGUAAUACUCUUAAGGCAGGAAAUAUUUCCCACUACUCUUCACCAAAUGGAGGAGAAACAACCACACAGAAGGAAUUCAGAGUCAUUGUCGUGUCGAGUGAUAAAGACCUAUUGCAGCUUCUCGAAUAUAACGAUGAUGCUCACAAUAACAUGGACAUAAGCAUAUGCCAACCGAAUAGAAAGUACAGAGUAGUUGACGCUAGUACUUUCAUCCAGGAGCAUAACUUAUUGCCUGCUCAAUACAGUGACUAUCUUAUCAUGGCUGGAGACAAAACGGAUGGAAUUACAGGAAUCCCAAACAUAGGCGAUAAGACUAGUAAGAAUUUGCUCAAACAAUUUCACACCAUUGAUAAUAUCCUCAAGAAUCUACAUAACCUUCCUCAAAAACUACAUGCAAUUUUCCUCAAUAAUUUUGAAAAUAUUAAUAUAUUUAGAAAACUUAUAAAGCUGAAAUGUGAGACGCACCAAUCCUUAGUCUUAAGUGAGUACAGACAGGGCAGCAUUAAGGACUUCGAGCGCUUUCAAAAUAUCCUGGACAAAUAUUCCCUUCAUAAAUUGAUAAAAAAAACAGUUAUUGUGAAUUACGAGGGGGGAAAAGAUUAA